UUUCUGUCUUUGAAUCUUUCGUUAUCUCUCCCCUGCUCUCCAAACCCACCACCCUCACAUUCUCUACCUAGAACCCUUUGUUUUUCUCUCUCUAAAACCACCCAGUUUUCUCUGUGUGCUGUGUUGAAUUCAGUAUAAAGUGAACCAAUCAAUCAGAAGUUGUUUGCAAAGUGAAUUCAUGGAGAACUUGUCUCUUAUUCUGUUGUUGUUUCUGGGUUUCUUUUGCUUUGCGGACUUCACAUCCCACGCGCAAGAUAUACCGGAAGAUGAAGUGCAAGCUCUUAACACAAUAUCCUCCAAAUUAAAUAUAUCUGCGAAAUUAAAUAACAGCUAUUGGAGUGUCAGCCAGUCUUCUUGCAGAAAGGGUCGAGACUUCAAUGUAAACAUCACAUCAGAGAUUCGAAGCCUUGUCACCUGCAACUGCACUUUCGUCAACUCCACUGUUUGCCAUGUGACAAACAUCCAGCUGAAGAGUCUUAAUUUGACUGGAGUUUUACCUGCUGAAUUUGCAAGUCUUAAGUAUCUGCAAGAACUUGAUCUCACCCGCAACUAUUUCAAUGGAUCAAUACCUACAAGUUUCUCUCGGCUUCCUCUUGUUAACCUGUCCCUUUUGGGGAACCGUCUAUCUGGAUCAAUUCCUAAGGAAAUCGGUGAUAUUGCUACACUUGAGGAGCUGAUCUUGGAAGAUAAUCAACUAGAAGGACCACUUAAUGAAAACCUUGGAAAUUUGGGCCGUUUGAGGAGACUCCUUCUCUCUGGAAACAAUUUUACAGGAACGAUACCGCAAAAUUUUCGCAAUCUGAAGAAUUUAAUUGAUUUUAGGAUAGAUGGGAAUAAUUUAUCCGGGAAAAUACCUGAUUUAAUUGGGAACUGGACCAAACUUGACAAACUGUUUCUUCAAGGCACAUCAAUGGAGGGCCCCAUUCCUUCGACUAUAUCCCAGUUGAAAAACUUAACUGAGUUGUUGAUAUCUAAUUUGAAUGGACCAAGCAUGUCUUUUCCUGAUUUGCAGGAUAUGAAGAACAUGACAAGAUUGGCACUGAGAGAUUGCUUGAUUACUGGUCAAAUCCCUCCCUAUCUUGGAGAAAUGAAAAAAUUAAAAAUCUUAGAUCUGAGCUUCAACCGACUGACCGGUCAAAUUCCCGAAAGCCUACAGAGUUUGGACUCUAUAGAUUACAUGUUUCUGAAUGACAACUUGCUAAGUGGAGAAGUACCCAGAGGGAUAUUAAACUGGAAAGAAAACGUUGAUUUAUCUUACAACAAUUUUACAGGAUCACCUCCAUCUACUUGCCAGCAAAACGAUGUGAACUUUGUUUCCAGUUAUUCAUCUUCAAAGAGUAGCACAGUACAAUGGUGCUUAAAGAAGGACCUCCCAUGCCCUGAAAAACCCAGAUAUCAUUCCUUUUUUAUCAACUGUGGAGGAGGCAAGAUGAGUUUUGAAGGGAAUGAAUACGACAAGGACGUAGAUGGAAGGGGUGCAUCACAUUUUCUUGCUGAUUAUUUAGAAAGAUGGGCUUACAGUAGUACAGGGGUUUUCAGCAAAGAAGACACUGCUUACCUCGCCAAUAACACAUCUCUGAAAAUAAUCGGCCCAGAAUUCUACCAAACAGCUCGCGUUGCUCCUAACUCACUCAAGUAUUAUGGGCUUUGCCUACAAAAGGGCAGUUACAAAGUGCGGCUCCACUUCGCUGAAAUCAUGUUUACUAAUGAUCAGACCUUUAGUAGCUUGGGGAAGCGCAUUUUUGAUGUUUCAAUUCAAGGGAAUGUAGUUUUAAAGGAUUUUAAUAUUAUGGAAGAAGCGAAAGGUGCUGGUAAGGGCAUUUAUAAGGACUUUAAUGAUGUUCUCGUUAAUGGUAGCACUCUGGAGAUCCACUUAUACUGGUCAGGCAAAGGGACCAAAGCUAUUCCAGUAAGAGGUGUUUAUGGACCUCUUAUAUCCGCCAUUGCAGUGACUCCAAACUUUGAUCCCAACGCUGGGCUAUCUGUUGGAGCUAUUAUCGGCAUUGUAAUGGCUUCAUGUGUGGUCCUUGCAUUCAUUUUGGCACUUCUAUGGACGAAAGGUUACCUUGGAGGAAAAGACCUUGAAGAUAAAGAACUCCGUGCUCUAGAGCUGCAAACCGGUUAUUUCAGCUUACGACAGAUCAAAGCUGCUACAAAUAACUUUGACUCUGCAAACAAGAUAGGUGAAGGCGGAUUUGGGCCUGUUUACAAGGGUGUCCUGUCGGAUGGUUCGAUAAUUGCUGUUAAGCAGCUCUCCUCUAAAUCAAAACAAGGGAACCGAGAAUUUGUAAAUGAAAUAGGCAUGAUAUCUGCCUUACAACACCCAAAUCUUGUGAGGCUUUAUGGUUGUUGCAUUGAAGGAAACCAGUUGCUGCUAAUAUAUGAAUAUAUGGAAAACAACAGCCUUGCCCGUGCGCUCUUUGGUCGUGAAGAACACCGUUUACAUUUGGACUGGCCAACAAGAAAGAAGAUUUGUUUGGGGAUAGCAAGGGGACUCGCAUAUCUUCAUGAGGAAUCGAGAUUGAAAAUUGUUCAUAGAGAUAUAAAGGCAACCAAUGUGCUUCUUGAUAAGGAUCUAAGUGCUAAGAUAUCUGACUUUGGUUUGGCUAAGCUGGAUGAAGAAGAGAACACCCACAUCAGCACAAGAAUAGCUGGAACAAUAGGAUAUAUGGCUCCUGAAUAUGCAAUGAGGGGUUACUUGACUGACAAAGCAGAUGUAUACAGCUUUGGAGUUGUUGCCCUUGAGAUUGUCAGUGGGAAAAGCAACACCAAUUACAGGCCAAAAGAGGAGUUUGUUUAUCUUCUUGAUUGGGCUUAUGUACUACAUGAGCAGGGAAACAUUCUGGAACUCGUGGACCCACUUCUCGGUUCUAACUACUCUGAAGAAGAGGCAGCAAAGAUGCUGAACUUGGCUCUCUUAUGCACCAACCCAUCUCCCACUCUCAGGCCAUCCAUGUCUUCUGUAGUGAGCAUGCUCGAAGGCAAAAUUGCUGUCCAAGCACCAAUAGUCAAGAAGGGCUCAAUGAACCAGGACAUGAGGUUCAAAGCCUUUGAGAAACUGUCACAAGACAGCCAGUCUCAUGUCUCAGCAUUCUCCCAAGAAAGCCAGGUGCAAGGCAGCAUAUCAAUGAACGGGCCGUGGAUGGACUCCUCAGUUUCCCUUACCAGCAGAGAAGACACCCGCGACCAUUCUUCAUCAAGCAAGCUCCUUCCAAAACUCCCAGACCUCUACGACGUACAUCUAGACUAACCAACAAAAAUUCCCAGAUUCUUAUACAAAGAUGCACUUCAUUUACCAGUAUUAAUUGAAGACUCAGAUGACGGCUUAAUUCAAUGCACAGAGCUGGAACUGCUGCCAGAAUCAAUGGUUCAAGUUCAACAACACAGAAGAUUGGUAUGGUUGAUUAUUCAGAUUUAUCCAUAAAUUUUCACUUUUGUAUGACAGUUUAAUGUAUUAUUCUCUUCUUGAAAUGCUGCUUGUAAUUAAUUUGAUAGCAAAUCCAAGAUGGUAUUCCAAAUUCUUGCAAAUA